AUGGAAAACCUUACGCCAGACAAUUGGCGGGAGAUUGUGAACAAGAAGCUUCACUUUCCACCGGAGCUGAUUCCCGCCAUCCAAGAGGGCAACAUGGACUGGGUGGACAGUCUCCUCUCCCUCGGAGACGGGAUCAUCCGUCAGCUGGACGAGUCUGAGGAUCGGUUAUGGAGGGAAGCGUUGAACCUCUCCAUCCGACUGGGCAGCGAAGACAUCAUGACCUCCCUUCUGCUCGGCGUCAAGUUCGACUUCCGCCAGAUCCACGAGGCCCUUCUGGUGGCCGUCGACACCAACCAGCCCAGAUUCGUCAAACACCUCCUGGACCGCCUGGAUCAGGAGAAAGGCAACAAGAUGGACGUUCGCUCCUUCAGCAUGGCCAUCUUUGAUCACUCCAUUGACGACUCUCAGUUCGCGCCAGGAGUGACGCCGCUGACGCUGGCCUGCCAGAAGGACCUGUAUGAGAUCGUAACUAUGCUGACCCAGAGAGGUCAUGACAUUCCUCUGCCUCACUCCAUCUCGUGCACGUGUCUGGAGUGCCGUAACGGACGGCAAUACGACUUGCUCAAGUUCUCGCUGUCCCGUAUAAAUACAUACAGAGGCAUCGCCAGCCGCGCGUAUCUCUCCGUCACCUCGGAGGACGCCAUGCUCGGCGCUUUCCACCUCAGCAGAGAGCUGCGCAAACUCUCCAAGAAAGAACCAGAGUUUAAGCCGCAGUACCUGGCGUUGGAGCAGCUGUGUCAGGAGUUCGCAGUGGAGCUUCUGGGAAUGUGCCGGAACCAAAGCGAGGUCUCCACCAUCCUCAACAGCGCUGAAGACGACAGCGAGGAUGAAGAACUGGAUGAACAGACGUUUGAGGAAGGUAUCCCCAAUCUCGCUCGUCUCCGACUGGCGGUCAACUAUAAUCAAAAACAGUUUGUGACUCAUCCCAUCUGCCAGCAAGUGCUCUCCUCCAUUUGGUGCGGUAGCCUGUCUGGUUGGAGGGGAAGUCGAACCGCUUGGAAACUGCUGGUGUCUUUGGGGAUUUUCAUUACCAUGCCAUUUCUCUGCCUCGUUUACUGGAUCGCCCCCAAGUCCAAGCUGGGAAAACUGCUGAAGGUUCCCGUGAUCAAGUUCCUGUUACACUCGGCGUCAUACAUGUGGUUCCUCAUCACCCUCCUGACGGAGUCGAUUUUCAUGGAGAUCUACCGCAGCGAUUUUGCCUCCAGAAAGCAGAACAUUCUCCAUAACUCUCUCCACAUGAUAUGGGUUGCCGGUUUCUUCUGGUUUGAGUGUAAGGAAGUUUGGAUAGAGGGUUUGAAGAGUUACUUCCUGGAUUUAUGGAACAUUCUGGAUAUGAUGGUUCUGAGCAUGUAUCUGGCGUCCUUCACGCUGCGCAUACUCAUCAUGCUGAAGGGAUAUUUCCUCUGUCAGGACUCCAGCACUCAAGAGCUGUGCGACUACUUCACCAACACAGUACGAGAGGAUUGGAAACAGGAGGAUCCUCAGUUGAUUGCAGAGACUCUGUUCGCCGUGACCAGCAUGCUUAGCUUCACACGUCUCGCCUACAUUCUGCCGGCCCAUGAAUCCCUGGGAACCCUGCAGAUAUCCAUGGGAAGAAUGAUCGAUGACAUGAUGAGGUUCAUGUUUAUCCUUAUGAUAAUAGGAACGGCGUUUUUGUGCGGAAUAAACAACAUAUACGUCCCAUAUGUUGUUUCUCCACAUCUUGGCAGAUUUAACGAAACAUUUAACUUCCUCUUCUGGACCAUGUUUGGAAUGGCAAACCAGGAAUACGUAGACAUGCCCGAUUACGCUCUGGCGGAGUUUGUGGGGAGGAUCUUCUACGGGAUUUUCACACUGCUCAUCGUCAUAGUGCUACUCAACAUGCUUAUUGCCAUGAUCUCCAAUUCAUUCCAGAGGAUCGAGGAUGAUGCAGAUGUCGAGUGGAAGUUUGCUCGCUCCAAACUCUACCUCAGUUACUUCAGGGAGGGUCUCACUAUGCCAGUUCCUUUUAACAUCAUCCCAUCUCCAAAGGUUCUCUUCUAUAUCUUGAGAAGCAUCUGCCAAAAGAUUUGCUGUUGCUGUAACAAGAAAGCCCCAGAAUAUCCUCCCAUAGCAUCUUUGUCUAGCAAUACCCUGAAUAGCAGCGGAGGUCAAGGUGAGGGCAGAGUGCCAUACCGCCUGCAGGUGACCAAGGCUCUAGUGCACCGCUACAUCGAAGCCGCACGCAGAGAGUUCGAAGAGAGCAAGCGUAAAGACGUUGGGAACAGAAUCACGGAGCUGAAUAAAGUUGUCGGCCGACUGCACACCGAGAUGCAGGAGUUCCACCAGAAGCUGCAGUGGCAGAGCAAGAGCGACCCGGACCAGGCCAACAUCCUGGGCAAAUACAUCUUGGGCGCAAAGAACAAUUUCCGUGACUUUGAUAAGAACAAAGCCACGGGGUUUGAAAACACAGGUCUCCCCAUCAGUACGCACCCCGCAGAGGAGAAGGACGACGAGAUCAAAGCAGGAGGGAUCGUCUCGGGGGAGGGGGAGGAGCCCGAGUCCGAGGGCCCUGUGGAGCCCGUCCCGGGAGAGGAGACUACUUUCGAGACUGCUAGCACUCCUGAUGCGUGAGAAACAAACACCGCAGUGUCGCAGUGCACAGCCAUGUCCUAAAAUAUACCUAGAUUACAUCCACUUUCAAUUACACAAAUACAUAUUUACAUGCAUACGAAUUCAACAUUGUAUCAGAAUUGAUAUCUAUAUCCCAGCGCCUCAAGACAAGAUUUAGGUUUAGAUGCCAAAUAGAUACACAGACUUAUAUUUGCUGAGUGAUCCGUUUACACAAUAACUAAAAUUAGCAUUAAAGAUCAUUACUAUAACAACAACUUUAAAUGAUAAAUUACCAAAAAAAAAAAAAAAGUUAUAGCUAUAUUAUAUACACAUUUAUUUUAUUACAAAUUAACAUAUUACUCAGAAAAGUUUAAUUUUUUUAGUGCUAUAUGAAACAUUUUUGCAAUUCUUUACUUUGCAAAGGUCUUUAGUUUCAAUUAUGAUAAUUGCCAAGUAAUUGCUAUUAAAUAUUACUAAAUGUAUUUUUUAACAUCCGUCCUCCUCCCAUCAAAUACUUAUUUGGUUCUAACCUUAAUCAGUUAAUGAUUUAAAACUUAAUCAGUUUAUUAUAACUGCUGGGCAAAGCAACAAAACAUAUCUAAAAGUAAUAAAGCUAUCAGUUUAGUUAGAAUUUUUGGGGUGAAUGAAAAACAUUGUCGAAAGCCUAAGCACCUUCACUUUCAUUUAAGCCCUAUUUUUGUAGCCUAUUCCUGGAAAGUGCCAAAUCUCUCCCACUCCUCUGGUGCCUUUUAAAAGUCAUAAACAUCAUCUAAAAAAGUUCAGCAAUUACACAUAAAAGCCAGCUGGGGAGAAAGACAGCUCCGAGGCAAUUUCUCAGGAUGAUUGAGGACUUUAAAACUUGUUUCUUUAGCUAUUGCAUUGAUUGAACGGCGCGCCGAGUCCAACAUAUUCCCCGAACAAUUUAGAAAAACUAUUUAAUAAAAGGAUCUUUACAUUAGGUACGUUGUAAGUUAGCCCAAGCGAAACGCAUAAAUCAUGACGAGGCACCAGAAUGGGGGUCUCGCAGAAAGCGUCGCGUUAUUUGAAUGCGAGCGCGGUGAGAUUAGCGUCCCCCGAUGAUUGGACACUUGACACAGUGCGGUGCCCUCCCUCUCUCCGAGGGUUAGUCAGUUUCUCGUGUUGUUUUAAUUAAGCGCGAGCUGCGAGUGUGUGUUCCCGGGGACCCGUUGCGGCAUCGCAGCCUGCUGCACACCUGCUGUUUGUAUCACUCUGCGCAGAAGCCUGGGGAGCCCUCACACUCUUUCAAUACACACAGGCAGAGUGGCCCCGCUGGGACACCGUACCUCCAAGAGGGGGAAAAA